ACCCGCCGCCCCGCGCCUUCCCCAGCUCCGCGCCACACUUUCCUCGGCCCCACAUCUGCGCUCCGGCCCCGGUCCUCGGCUUCCUGCCGUGCCCCUCCGACACCCAGUAAUGGAACUGCUGUGCUCUGAGGGGACUCGGCGGACGCCCCGGGCCGGGCCGGACCCUCGCCUACUUGGGGACCAACGCGUCCUGCAGAGCUUGCUCCGCCUAGAGGAGCGCUACGUUCCCCGCGCCUCCUACUUUCAAUGCGUGCAGCGGGAGCUCAAGCCUCACAUGCGGAAGAUGCUGGCAUACUGGAUGCUGGAGGUGUGUGAGGAGCAGCGAUGUGAGGAAGAGGUCUUCCCCCUGGCGAUGAACUACUUGGACCGCUACCUGUCUUGUGUCCCUACCCGCAAGUGCCACCUGCAGCUUUUGGGUGCAGUGUGCAUGCUGUUGGCCUCCAAACUUCGGGAGACCACCCCAUUGACCAUGGAGAAGCUCUGUAUCUACACUGACCACUCGGUCACGCCCCACCAACUCCGGGACUGGGAAGUGAUUGUCCUGGGGAGGCUCAAGUGGGACCUGGCAGCCGUGAUCGCUCAUGACUUCCUGGCACUGAUUCUGCACCGGCUUCCAGUGCCCACGGACCGACGGGCAUUGGUCAAGAAGCAUGCCCAGACCUUCCUGGCCCUCUGUGCUACAGAUUACACCUUUGCCAUGUACCCACCCUCCAUGAUCGCGACGGGCAGCAUUGGCGCUGCUGUGCAGGGCCUGGCCGCCUGCACCUUAUCUUCGGAUGAGCUGACCGAGCUGCUGGCAGGGAUCACAGGCACUGACGUGGACUGCCUGCGUGCGUGCCAGGAGCAGAUCGAAGCCGCUCUCCGGGAGAGCCUGAGAGAGGCCGCCCAGGACACGGUGGCCACAGCCCCCAAAGCGCCAGAAUAUUCUGGAAACCAGGAGCCUAGUCAGACCAGCACCCCAACAGAAGUUACCGCCGUUCAUUUGUAACUCCUCCCCCGCUCUUCCCCAUCCCUUCCGGUGGGCCACACAACCAGGGAGGAAGGGUCAGCCAAGAUGACCAGCCCAGCCCAAUCCCCACCCCCGCCCAGCCUCUGCUCUGAGAAUCAGCUCGAUGGUGGGCCCAGGAGCCAAGAGUCUGAGAGGGGGUUGAUUCUGCCCUCUGUGUGGGCCUGCCCGUGGGCCAGCUCCGGAGCUCACUCUGAUCCUGCCUCUCUUGUUUUUGCCAGUUCCUGUCGAUAGUUUGAUCUGGUCUAGGCGGAGCUGUUAAGUUGGCUCUUCCUUCCCUGAAAGGCAUUACCUUUCCCCUACACUCCCCAAGGAGUAUUUGCAUUUAGACUUGAAGACUUAAUUCCCAGCCUGCCCCGGGCUGGGGGUGGGGAUUGUUCCUCGGAUAUUUUUGUGCAGCCUAAAGCCAGCCCAGGGGACGAGAGAAGCUGGGGUCCCAGUCUUAGGGGUGCUGGAACUGCAGCCAGAUUCUUUCUCGAAUUGCUUCCUGCUCAGCUUGCCGGGUGUGCACCCAGAUGUCAAGUUGGGGGUGGGUUGGGGGGAAGGCUCCAUGUAUUAAUUUAUUAUAACAAGUAGCCACAAAGUGCUGAGUACAACAUAGGAGGGAAGGGGGAGCUUCCCUCUGCCCCCUACAAAGUGUCCCUGUUGGUCAGUGGGCCUCCUCCCACCUAACUCCUGCCCCAUCCCCCCAUUUGGCUGGAAAGACUUCGUGCCAAAGAUGCUGCUACAGCCUGGGGGGCCGAGAGGGUCAGCAAGCCCCUUUUCCUUUGGCCCUGCUCCCAGGGGUGUGGAAAAGAGGGAUAGACUCAAGAGGUAGUGAAGUCUCUCCCAAGAGAGGGAGGCUGACCCUGUUCUCUGCACAGGUGUCCUGAGGCCACAAUUUGGCUCCAGCAGGGACACCCCAGGGUCCUCAAGCUACCUGAAUAAAGAUUCUGGAUUAGA